AUGUUUUCAACGUCGUGGUUGCCUUUUGUUUUGACGAUCUCCAUUUUUCUUUUAGAAGCCGUACAGGGGGCAGUGCUACCCCCUGCAGACCAAAGUCAUGGGCGCCAAAUAUUAGGCUCUUUAAACUUGGCGAACUAUCUCUCGAAACGCACCAAAGAAAGCGAAGCACCUGGGAUGUUCAGAAGCCAAUUCUCAAAUCCCAAGGAAGCCCUCUCCGUGCUGCUCCUCAUUGGUGGCGAUGUUAUCCAGAAAGCAGUUGCCCAAAUGGCUGGGCCCGCCUCUUUCACACCUGUUGCGUUCAGUUUUGGCUGGGUUGCAUACUCUUUCAAUUCCCUAUUGAAUGCGAUUGGCAGCGGAGCCUUCUUACCUGAGCCGGACUACCCUGGAUCUGUCAUUGUUGUGGGAUCGGGCGAUACGCGCAAGAACCAGGCCUGGGUCAUUGGGCGUCUCCUCCGUGACCUCGAACUGGAGGUGGAGAGCGAAUUCGACAAAUGGGAAUGGCUAGACGAAAAUACUAAUCAGAUGGUCAAAACGAACCCAGGAGAUUCAGGGCUGUUGGUCACCGUGUAUGAAACUCUACCAGCUCGACAGGGUUAUUUCCUAAGCGGAUAUGCGCCCAAGGAACCAAAGAAGGACGCCCUUUGGUGGACCUACUUCCCGAUCACUUUGACUCAGUUAGUCAUUGGUGCUGUUCCCUGGAUUAUCUCUGGUGACUGGGCCGUCUUCUUUGUCACGGCAUGUGGCAUCGUCCUGGCCCUUGUCACCGGUUCUCUGCGGACCUUGUUCCUGGAGAAGUACGCAUGCAGACACCAUUCUCCCCAGAUCUAUGCUAUCGCGCGAGGGAACGGGCACCGGCAUGUUUUCCUCAUCCUACCAAACUCGCGGGAUAAAGACAAAUCCUCGGCUCUGUACCUCGAUGACCUGGCAAGUGCGGUGCAGCAUGGUGGCUGGCAGACUCGAGCCAUUUCGAUUGUGCUUGCCGCCCUGUGGGUCGGCUUUUUGGUCACCGUUGGUGGAAUUGAUACAAACACAUGGUAUCUAUUGGGAAUUGGGGCACUGGGCAUGGCCCACAAUGUAUUCGUUGCUGGCUGGCAUCGAGCCCCUGAGGCGCACGGAAUCCCUCUGCAGCGCGCACAGGGAAUCAAGAACGAGUUUGGACGCAGGCAGAAAGGAGCAAAGAAUCGGCCCCGAGUCAUGGAUGUGCUAUUUGACCUAGAAGAUGCAAUUCCUGAGGCGGGAUUUGCUUUACGCGACUUGUUCUUCACUGGCACAUUGCGCCCUAAUGAAAUUGAAAAAUGGCAGAGCAAGCAAAAUGACUUGAAAGAUAGGAAGACAGAGUGGAGAAAGAAGAGAUACCCAGAGGAGAGUGUAAAGAAACAACCGGCUCCUGAUCAUCGCAAAGUUUGA